AUGUGUGGAUUAGAGAUUCACUAUGUCAAGAGGCCGACUGGAGUAAACGAUUCAGCCUUGCCAGACAAUAUACCAAGACUAUAUAAUUUCUAUGAUUUACCGUAUCUGGUUCAUCUCAUUGAUGGAGACGAUAACAUCGUUGUUUUGUUCAGGAGGGAAGAAGAUGAAUUUUUUGAAAUUUACACUUGCUAUGUUGGUGUAGUUACUAAUUUUCCUUGCUCUGGAAUGCAGAGAGGUUUAGAUGGCAAAAGCUCAAGGACAAUGCAGGUGAAGGACGAGGAAGAAGGAUCUGAGGAAGAGGUUGAAGAUGAACACGGUGAAACCCUGGGUGGAGCUUGUGGAGAUAACUACGCUUCUGAUGAGUUCUGGAUUUGCUGUGACAUGUGCGAGAAAUGGUUCCAUGGGAAGUGUGUGAAGAUAACUCCAGCUAGAGCUGAGCACAUCAAGCAUUACAAGUGCCCUUCUUGCAGCAACAAACGAGCAAGAUCGAACUUUGUAUAA